AUGGAAGAAGAAGGAAGGGCUACUGUCGCAUCAGAGCCUCCUCCGCUUCCCUACUCCCUGCGUACCAGGAAGAAGUCCAUUGCUUUCUUCUGGAUCCUUUUCGUCCUCGACACCUUGGGUCAGCCGGUGGCGCUGUAUUGGGGCCUGUGGUACGCGACGGAUCUCUCGCACAAUUUGGUCUUCUCUAUCGUCACGGCUUCGUUGGGCGGUAUCUCCGUGUUUGAAUAUUUCUAUCGACUCUAUAAUCUGUUCAAGAAGCAUUCUCGGGCGAGACCCCUAAAUGCCAGGAGAUCAUGGCUGGACUUUUUCCAAAUCAACUUCACCAUUGUGUGGUUGAUCUUGGCUGUCGAGCUCAUCGUUGGCACUGUACCUAAAGAGCCAUAUGUACGCCUCGUCGCCAUGGUUCUCCCUACCGUCAUGUUCUACUUUGGUCUCGUCCACUUAUCCCUCGACGUCCUCCGUGCCUGUGGACAUAAGGCCCCUUUUCGCAUUUCUUCAACGCCGAAAGGCUCCGUCAUGCCGACAGCCCUCUACGUUCUCAUUGAAGAUGUGGUUGCCGUGGAUGGAGGUGGUGGUCAGAUGUACCGGUACGCCCUGCGAACUCGAUAUCUAUCCAGUCCGUACUUCCGGCGCAUGCUCUUCGAAAUGAACUGCUUCUGGGGAGGUGGCUCAGUCAUCUUUGCAGCAGCCAUUACGGCUGUGAUCUUCACUACUCCCGAGAACAUCGCCUACACGCUGGGCUGGUCCCUCCCCUUCGCCUGGGCCAUCCUCUGGACCCUCAUCACCAUCCCAUGGGUGCAGAGCGAUCUCCGCCGCGAAAAGGAAGCCUGGCAACAGAAUCUCGGCCAAGGUGGCAUCCCGUACACCGAUGAUCCUGCUGCCCCAACAGCCCGAACCCGUUUCAAGACCGUCCAGGACAGUAUACCUCAGCUCCUCCCGUGGUUCCGCGAGAAACCUUCUGCCCCGUCUACGCCUUCUGAUGCUCAUUCCAAUGUAUAA